AUGGGUAAAGUUUCUAAAGCUACUAAGAAGUUUCAAUCGAAACAUUUGAAACAUACGUUAGAUCAUAGAAAGAAAUUGAAGGACCAUGCUAAGAGAACAGCGGGUCGUAGAGGUAACAAAACCGAGGAAGAAAAACAGGCUGCUGCUUUAACUAAAGAGGAUCAAAAAUUAAAGCAGUCUGCUAAGGAAGAAGUUUUCAAAGAUAUGAAAGUUGAAGAGUUCUUCGAUAAUACAAUUGACAUUCCAAAAAUGUCCAAGAAUUUGACAAAAGACACUCAAAAUAAAAAUGCAGAGAACAACAGUGAGUCUGAUCAACAAUCUUCAGCUGAAGACGAAGAGGAUGUUAACAUGGAUAUGCAUGAUUUGGCAGAGAAGGAUCCGGAUUUCUAUAAGUAUUUGGCAGAAAAUGAACCAGACUUAUUAUCUUUCAAAGCAUCAAAUCCUUUAGAUGAUAUUUCGGAUGAAGGAGAAGAAGAAGGUGAUGAAGAUGUUGCAGAAAAACCAGUUAAGUCAUCUAGUGAUGCAAAGGUUGAGGUUGACAUGAAACUUGUCACUAAAUGGAAGAAAGAUUUAAAAAAGAGUCCAUCCUUCAAAACAAUCAGAAGUGUUGUGGCAGCCUUCAAAGCAGCUGUUAACAUGAACAAAGAAGAGAAUGUUGAAGACUACAAGUUUUCUGUUUUGGAUGAAAAAGCAUUCCAUGAGUUAAUGUUUAUUGCACUUGUCGAUAUGCCUAAAGCAGUUCAGAAGCUUACCCCAUAUAAAGUUGGAAAGAAUGAAACAAGAAAUUUGCCAUCAAGCAAAAAUGUCUCCAAGCUUUCGUCAGUUUUAAAAGCACAUUUGCCAUCUUUAAUUUUGCUAUUAAGCGACAUAAACAAUACAGAUGUAGCAUCAAUGAUACUACAUUCUACUUUUGAAUUACUACCAUAUUUCAUAUCCUUUAGAAGGUUAUUGAAGGAAUUGAUAACUCAAAUUGUUGAAGUGUGGUCUACCACUAGAGAUGUCGAAACUCAGAUUGCAGCAUUUGCAUUUUUGAAUAAUGCUUCUCGUGAAUACAAAAAGGCUCUUUUAGAAAUUGUCUUGAAGGCUACAUACUCAACUUUCAUUAAAUCAUGCCGUAAAACCAAUAUUAGAAAUAUGCCAUUGAUCAAUUUCCAAAAGAACUCUGCUGCAGAGCUUUUCGGUAUUGAUGAGGUUAUCAGCUACCAAUCAGGGUUCGAAUACAUUAGACAACUUGCCAUUCAUUUAAGAAAUAGCAUCAAUGCUACCACCAAGAGAACCUCGAAGGUAGACCCAACAACCGCAUACAAAAUUAUUUACAAUUGGCAGUUCUGUCACUCUUUGGAUUUCUGGUCAAGAGUAAUUGCUAUUCAAUGUAAUCCAGAAAAAGAAAAUGGCCAUGAGUCUCCUUUAAGGCAAUUGAUUUAUCCAUUAGUCCAAGUUACUAUUGGUGUUAUUAGAUUAAUUCCAACUGCUCAAUUCUUCCCUCUAAGGUUCUACUUAAUCAGAUCUUUGAUCAGAAUAUCACAAAAUACCGGUGUGUUCAUUCCAAUUUACCCAUUAUUAUCCGAAAUCUUAUCAUCCACUGCAUUCACCAAGAAGCCUAAGAAAUCUACUUUGCCAGCUUUCGAUUUUGAUCACAAUAUCAAGUGUACACAAGCAUACUUAGGAACAAGAAUAUACCAAGAAGGUCUUGCUGAGCAAUUCGUUGAUUUAUUGGGUGAAUAUUUUGUUCUAUAUUGUAAAAGUGUCUCCUUCCCAGAAUUGACAACCCUCGCUGUCAUCUCUCUACGUCGUUACAUUAAGCACUCAGAAAACGCCAAGUUUAACAAAAUGCUCCAAAAUGUUGUAGACAAGAUCAAUCAAAACACCCAGUUCAUUCUAAAAAAGAGAGGUGAUGUCGACUUUGGUCCAAAUAAUAGAUCUGAAGUGGAGAGAUUCUUAAAUGAUAUUACAUGGAAAGAAACACCUCUAGGGUCAUGGGUUGCAGUUCAACGCGAAGUCAAGGAAGAAAAGGCUAGACUACUAAGAGAAUCAUUGGAAUCUGACGAUGAACAAGGGGAUGAAGAAGAAUUGUCCGAUGGUGCACAAGAUAUAGAAAUGGAUGAUGAUAACUCUGAAACUGAAAAAUGA